AUGGGGGAACGGGAGUCUUUAGGCCCAACAUUGGCGAUUGCACCGAUACCAAUUAACCCAGAAACCGAUACCAGCGAUUUCUCCAACGUCAACAAUGAUGCCGCGAGUGAGGAGACAGAAUUUCUGCGAUGGUCUUGUGUCGGUGCAGCUGGCCUAUUCUUGAUGUGCUCAUACGGCUUUUCUCAAUCGAUCGGAACUGUCCAAUCUUUCCUUCAACUAAACCAGUUGAGCGACUCUUCUGCACAAGAUAUUGGAUGGAUCACGGGCUUAGACACAGCUCUUUCGCUAUUAUGUGGCUUUCAGGUCGGCCCUUUGAUGGAUCGCUAUGGUCCUAGGCUCCUGGCCCCAGUCGCAGUCGGGCUCACCGUCGCAAAAUUCUUCCUUCUCUCCGAGUGUCAAAAUUAUUGGCAGAUUUUUCUCUGCCUUGGUGUUCUGGGAGGCAUUGCCUCCGCGGUAGCCUCAACUGUCGCAAUAUCAGCAGUAGGCAAGCUAUUCAUCCGCCGUCGAGGCCUGGCAAUGGGUGCAGCGAUGGCUGGAGCUUCUUUGGGCGGCAUCAGCUUUCCACUAGUCCUCCGCAGGGCUUUCCCGGCUUUGGGCUGGUCAUGGUCUAACCGGGUGAUGGGCUUCGUGGUUCUAGGUCUCAUGACCGUUGGCAUGGUCUUGCUUUUGCCCUUUCCAAAACUGAUCCUACCCUCAGCGGUGUCGUCGAAGAAGAAAUCAGCAGCACUCAACUUUGACGCUUUCCGAUCGGGACCUUUCGUCUUCAUUACGCUCGGGUUCUUCUUGUACGAAUUUUCCAUCACUGGCGUGGGCGUGCUGUUGCCAACUUUUGCGGUCAAGGCUGGCUUUCCGUCUGCGAUGGGUUAUACCUUGGUCUCAAUCCUCAACGGAUGUUCAUGCCUAGGCCGCCUACUGCCUGGGCUUGCGGGUGACUACGUAGGCCACUUCGACGUCAUACUUUUUAUGACUUGUCUCUCAUUGAUCUUUACUGGAGCCUUGUUCGUCCCGUUCGGGGGCCAAUCGGCCGGAAUCCUCUACGCAUUUGCUGGUUUGUGGGGGUUUUGCACUGGCUCUUUCCUGUCGAUUCUUCCCGUGUGUUUGGGCAAGACUUGCGAUCCCAAAGAUUACGGAAGAUACUAUGGUACCAUGACAUUCUUUGUUAGUUUCAGUGCCCUCACGGCAAUUCCAGCAGGAGGUUCCCUUUUGGAAAAGGUGGGCUCAGUUGGGGCGUCGGGUCUGUAUCUUUCAACGGUUGCUCUGGGGGGCUUGAGCUUCUACACGGCCCGCUCCUUGUUGAUUGGGAAAUUUCUUGUUUUCAGAUCAAACAUCUAG